CGGGAAAAAAUAGAGAAAAACCGGGAAAAAACCGCGAAAAAAAUAUAAGAAAAAAAGAAGAAAAACUCCUGAUCUCCGGACCCCAGACCCCGCGAUGAACUCGUACUUCACGAACCCGUCGCUGCCGUGCCACCUCGGCGGCGGCCAGGACGUGCUGCCCAACGUGGCCGCGCUCAACUCCAGCUACGACCCCGUGCGCCACUUCGGCGGCUACGGCGCGGCCGCGGUGGCGCAGAACCGCCUCUACUCGUCCCCGUUCUACCCCUCGGCGGCGGCGCAGGAGAACGCGGUGGUGUUCGGCUCGGGCCGCGCGGCCGCCUACGAGUACGGCUCCGGCUCCUUCUACGCGGCCGACAAGGAGGCGCUGGGCGGCGGCUGCCGCCAGGGCGCGGUGGGGCCGCCCCACGGCAGCGCCGGCGCCGCCAUCGCGCAGGAGUUCCCGGGCGAGCAGGGCCGGGCGGCGGCGGCGGCGGCGGAGCAGAAAUCGGGCAUCCAGAUCUACCCCUGGAUGCAGCGCAUGAACUCGCACAGCGGAGUGGGCUACGGCGCCGACCGCCGCCGGGGCCGCCAGAUCUACUCGCGGUACCAAACGCUGGAGCUGGAGAAGGAAUUUCACUUCAACCGCUACCUGACCCGGCGGCGCCGCAUCGAGAUCGCCAACGCGCUGUGCCUGACGGAGCGCCAGAUCAAAAUCUGGUUCCAGAACCGCAGGAUGAAGUGGAAAAAGGAGACGAACCUGAGCUCCACGCUGGCCGGGGCGGGAGGAGGAGGAGGAGGAGGAGGAGGAGGAGGAGGAGGAGGAGGAGGGGGAGCGGCGGCCGCCGACAGCUUGGCCAAGGAGGAGAAGCGCGACGAGACAGAGGAGGAGAAGAAGGAAUGAUGGAUUUCGGUUCUUUUUUGUCGCCCCCUCUCUUCCCCUUUCAUGCCUUUUUUUGUCCUAUUUAUCGUCGAAAAAAAUAAUUCAAAUUAUAUUAAAAUUAAAAUAAAAGGUGGUGGG